AUGUCUACCAACUCGCGAUUCGAUCCCAACUUCACUCCCUAUGUGGUCAACGCCAUGGGACCCAAGACUGACGCUCGCGCGCGUGUGGUUUUGGGCUCGCUGAUCAAGCACAUCCACGACUUUGCUCGUGAGGUCGAGCUGACCCCGGCCGAGUGGAUGCUCGGCGUCGAGUUUAUUAACUCCAUUGGCAAAAUUAGUACUCCUAUCCGUAACGAAUGCCACCGUAUCUGCGACGUUAUUGGUCUUGAAUCUCUCGUCGACGAGAUUGCCAACAAGAUCGUCACCGAGCAGGGAUUAUCCCCUACCUCCAACGUCAUUCUCGGCCCCUUCUGGUCGCCCAGUGCUCCCUUCCGUAACCUCGGUGACAGCAUCAUCCAGAACCCCAACCCAAACGGCAAGGUCACCUUCAUGCACGGUGUCCUCACAGACAUGGAGACGGGCAAGCCAAUUGCGGGCGCCGUCCUCGAUAUCUGGCAGGCCUCGGCCAACGGCCAAUACGAUUUUCAAGAUCCAGCGCAGACCGAGAACAAUCUCCGCGGGAAAUUCACUUCAAAUGAAAAGGGAGAGUUCUGGUGGUACUGCUACCAUCCUACUCCCUACUCCCUGCCCACCGACGGCCCUGCCGGUGUGCUGCUUAAUGUCAUGGACCGCUCCCCCAUGCGCCCUGCUCAUAUCCAUCUUAUGAUCACCCACCCCGACUACGCCACUGUCAUCAACCAGAUUUACCCCAGCGACGACCCCUUCCUCAACAUCGACUCAGUCUUUGCCGUCAAGGACGAUCUAGUCGUUGAUUUCAAACCCAGGACUGGCGACCCCAAGGCCGAGCUCGACCUCGAGUACAACGUUACCUUGGCUCUCAAGAAGCACCACCCCAACCCCAACUCCGCUCCCCCUGUUUCCUCCUUUGAGCGCAGCAAGGAGAAGAGCGCUGCUCGAAUCUAA